AUGUUACAGGCAUCUGUAGAGGCUUCUGGUGGAAUCGCAUUAUGCAAGACUGGAUUUCCUGAAGAUGUUUACAGUGCAGUCUUAUCGAAGGAUGUGCACGAAGGACAGCCACUUCUCAAUGUGAAGUUUAGCAACUGCAAUGGGAAAAGAAAAGUACAGUAUGAAAGCAGUGAACCCGCAGAUUUCAAGGUGGAUGAAGAUGGUAUGGUGUAUGCUGUGAGAAGUUUCCCACUCUCCUCUGAGCAUGCCAAGUUCCUGAUAUAUGCCCAAGACAAAGAGACCCAGGAAAAGUGGCAAGUGGCCGUCAAAUUGAGCCUUAAGCCCACCUUAAGUGAUGAGUCAGUGAAGGAAUCACAAGAAGUCGAAGAAAUAGUAUUCCCAAAGCAAUUCACUAAACAUGAUGGCUACCUACAACGGCAGAAGAGAGACUGGGUCAUCCCUCCAAUCAACUUGCCGGAAAAUUCCAGAGGACCUUUUCCUCAAGAGCUUGUCAGGAUCAGGUCUGAUAGAGAUAAAAACCUUUCACUGCGGUACAGCGUAACUGGGCCAGGAGCUGACCAGCCUCCAACUGGUAUCUUCAUUAUCAACCCCAUCUCAGGUCAGCUGUCAGUGACAAAGCCUCUGGAUCGUGAGCUGAUAGCCAGAUUUCAUUUGAGGGCACAUGCAGUAGAUAUAAAUGGAAAUCAAGUGGAGAACCCUAUUGACAUUGUCAUCAAUGUUAUUGAUAUGAAUGACAACAGACCCGAAUUCUUACACCAGGUCUGGAAUGGAACAGUUCCUGAGGGAUCUAAGCCUGGAACGUAUGUAAUGACCGUAACUGCUAUUGAUGCUGAUGAUCCAAAUGCACUAAAUGGGAUGUUGAGAUACAGAAUCCUGUCCCAGGCUCCAAGUACCCCUUCUCCCAAUAUGUUUACAAUCAACAAUGAGACUGGUGAUAUUAUCACAGUGGCAGCUGGACUUGAUCGAGAAAAAGUGCAACAAUACACGUUAAUAAUUCAAGCUACAGACAUGGAAGGCAAUCCUACCUACGGCCUUUCAAACACUGCCACGGCCGUCAUCACAGUGACAGAUGUCAAUGACAAUCCUCCAGAGUUUACUGCCAUGACGUUCUAUGGAGAAGUUCCUGAGAACAGGGUAGAUGUCAUAGUAGCUAAUCUAACUGUGACUGAUAAGGACCAGCCCCAUACACCAGCCUGGAAUGCAGUGUACAGAAUCAGCGGUGGAGAUCCUACAGGACGCUUUGCCAUUCAGACAGACCCAAACAGCAACGACGGGUUAGUCACCGUGGUAAAACCAAUCGACUUUGAAACAAAUAGGAUGUUUGUCCUUACUGUCGCUGCAGAAAAUCAAGUGCCAUUAGCCAAGGGAAUUCAGCACCCACCUCAGUCAACUGCCACUGUGUCUGUUACAGUUAUUGAUGUGAAUGAAAACCCUUAUUUUGCCCCAAAUCCCAAGAUAAUUCGCCAGGAAGAAGGCCUUCAUGCUGGUACUAUGUUGACAACAUUUACUGCUCAGGACCCAGAUCGAUAUAUGCAGCAAAAUAUUAGAUACACAAAAUUAUCGGAUCCUGCCAAUUGGCUGAAAAUAGAUCCUGUGAACGGGCAAAUAACUACAAUUGCUGUUUUGGAUAGAGAAUCACCGAAUGUGAAAAACAAUAUAUAUAAUGCUACUUUCCUUGCUUCUGACAAUG